CACUCAAUUUCAAAUCCCAAGCAAAAGCAAUAUAGAAAAAACACGCACUGUAUAAAACGAACCAAAGAAAAUAAUCAAUCAUCUCUGCCCAAACACAAUCACACACCACAAUCACCGCACCUCCUCCGCCACCGCUGCAGCCGCCGUCGCCGCUCCGGGUCGCAUUCCUCCGGCGGGGUCAGAUUUCAAACUUCCAUCCCCUCGGUGAAUUUUCCAUCCGCGGCGAUGCCGGCCUCCGUGGCUUCGAGUAAUUCCAGCCGCCCGGAGGACUUGAUCGGAAGGCUGAGCUUACCGCAGGCACCAUACGAGGCUAAGCUGAAAGCUCUGAGGGACUUGAAGAACCAGAUAAUUGGAAAUCGCACAAAAAAGCUGGCCUUCCUGAAGCUCGGCGCCGUGCCUUCUAUUGUCGCUAUUCUGGCCUCCUCUGCCGCCGCCUCAGGCGGCGGAGGGGACUGCCGUGACUUCCAUGAGUCGUUUUUGAUCCAGUCCGCAGCGGCUAUCGGGAGCUUUGCAUGCGGAUUGGAUACUGGAGUUAAGGCUGUGCUGGAUGCCGGGGCUUUUCCCAUUUUGUUCAGUCUUAUUUCCCAUCCAAAUCAGAAAGUUGUUGAUGCUAGUGCCCGAGCUCUUAAAAUGAUUUAUCAGUCAAAAUUGGCUCCAAAUUAUGAUUUUCUUCAAGAAAAAAAUAUGGAAUUCCUCCUUUCACUACUGAACGGGGAGAAUGAGAAUGUUACUGGUCUUGGUGCAAGCAUCAUCACGCACUCAUGCCAAACCACUGUCGAGCAGCAGGUAUUGAGUGAAGCUGGAGUUAUAAAAAGGCUUGUUGGUCUUCUUGGAGGUUCUCUAAUUCAGCGGGAUGCUAGCUUGGAAUCUCUGGCUGCAGUAAUCAAGAAUAAUCCAGAAGUUGCAUCAAGGUUCAUAGUGCCUGAAAAUGGAAGGGAAUUAAGUAUUGUGAUAGAGCUGAUGAAGGAUAAGUGCCCCCGGACAAGGUUAUUAGCCUGUAUGUGCUUGAUCAAUAUAAGAAAUGCUUCAGCAUCUAGUCUUCAAGAUCCACCAGGAGUUAAAUAUAAAUUGGUGCUGAUAUUACUUGAGCUCCUUGAUGACCCUGGUCAAGUUGGUGAUGAAGCUCCCUUUGUGAUGUCCAAUUUGAUUUCUGAAAAAGAAGAUCUGCAUCAACUAGCAUUUAAUGCAAAUGUUGUUGAGAAGCUAUGUGAAAAUUUAAAUAAAGGUUCAUUCAGGUCCAAACGUUUUGAAGGGAUAUUUCUAGCACUGUCUGAUCUUUGCUCAAAGUUGGAAUGCUGCAGAGAACGGGUCCUUAAAUUAAAGGUCUUAGCGUCUGUUACGGAAGCAUUGGUUCAUGAUAGUGCUGAAGUGCGUGCUGCAGCUUGCAUUUUCUUGAAGAAUGUUUCUCGUUCUGUCAAGAGUUUGAGUGCAGGUACCUUUAUGAAUGAAGAGAUUGUGGUUCCUUUAGUUCAACUAUUGGGUAGCUCCUUUACUUCUGAGAAGGUUGCUGCUCUGGGGGCUAUAAGCAAUGUGGUGGUUGAUUUCAAUGCAGAUAAAUCAUUGUUCACACAAUGUGGUGGUGUGAGACAGCUGGUUCUGCUUUCAAAGUCUGUUGAAUCCGCUAUUAGAGUCAAUGCCGUAUGGGCCUUGAAGAAUCUCACGUUCCUUGGAAACAACCAAUGUAAAGAAGAGAUUUUGCUGGAACUAUCAACGUCCACGUUAGCAAGCCUCAUUAGUGACCCUGAGGCUUCUGUCCAAGAGCAAGUUUUGGCGCUUGUUUGCAAUCUCGUAGAUGGCACUGCAAACUCAGUCGAUUAUGUGUUUGGGGAGGAUGCUCUUCUCUUGCAUUCUAUAGGAAGGCAAAUGCGGAACAAUGUAAAAGCUGAAGUUCUGGUUCAAGGUAUGUUUGUCCUCAGCAACGUGGCUUCUGGGAAUGAGCACCACAGGGAAGCAGUAAUGAGUGAACUUUUUGGUCAGGCAGGUGAUAAUACAGAGCCAAUAUUGGUCAGAUUUUUGCAGAGUAGUAACAGCCGAUUACGUACAGCUGCUGUUUGGGCUAUUGUAAAUCUUACUCAUCCGAGCAGUCCAGGUGCAUGUGGUAGGGUUACGGAAUUCUGGAAUGCAGGAAUAGUAGCUCAACUAAAGAAUAUGGUGAAUGACCCUUGUCUGGAUGUUAAGCUUCAAACCAGAACGGCUCUUAGACAGCUAAUGACAUUCGGGGAUUCUUCAACAUGAUUGUAUCUCCUACCACAAAUUUGCCAUGUUUAAAUAUGUUACUUCCCUGGCGCUCUAUGAGAAAAUGGUCAUCCUACGUCACGGCCUAGGGGUCAACUUAACUUGUGCAGCUCUCUUGAUGAGAUUUUGAGUUUUGUUUGAUCAUCACCAUAAUUCGUGCAAGGAUUUUUGGUAAAUAUAGUGAGGCCACUGGAAUGAAAUGUCUAUCAAUCACAUACCUAAUGUUCUUGGAAAAGGAAAUUGCAGUUUAUAAUAUAUCAUUCUUUAGACUA